AUGGCAGCUACACGAGCCCCCAACCAUCCAGCCUUUUUCAAUGGACAUUUCCAACCCAUCUCCGAGUCUGUUGCAGAUUCCGUUCGUGCCAAUCAAUAUGGUUAUGUCAAAACACCCAGUUUUUUACAAUGCGCUGGCAGCAACGGUGACAAGAAUGAGGAUUUUGAAGUUCAACUCAUCACGAACACAGCACUGAACAACACCCUCAACAGUGAAUCAAUCUACGCAUUAAGCGGCAAGUUUAUAGCUCUCAACAACGGAUCAACUCCAGUGUUAUCUUACAUUCAAGAAACUGUUAUCCGUAUCGGCACGCCAGGCCCCAAUCAACCAGACUUCACCAACAAAACAGUCGUCACGAGUCUCGGAAUGGUUGUCUCGCGCCGGGAAGUCGCUACCCAGACUUCUGACAGUGCCACUCAAUUGGAAGUCAUCAUUGCCCAUUGUGAUUGGGAUGGCGAGGACCGGGUUCAUCGCCGAUUCAAUAUCAAAUACAUCGUACCUGGCACAAAGAACCUUGUCAAAACUCACACGUUGUAUCAAGUUGGCCGAGAGGUCUAUAUCAUUGGCCGAUUGGUUGAUUUUCAUAUGGAUGAGAACAUUGCUGUCGUCGUAUUCUUGCCUAAGGCAGGACUGUCGCCAUCCAGCCCAACUACGGCCAGUUUACCAAAACCCAAACUCACUAAAUCACCUGCCACCCAAAUACCUUCUGUUACCAAUGGACCCCCACCAAAACAAACCCUUGACAAAGACAAUAAAGGCAAGGCUAAAGCAGUCGACGAAUCCGAGACCGACGACGAUGAUGGUUCCAAUGACAACUCCGACGAAGAGUCUGAAGUCGACACCGAAGCAGGCCCAAACAUAAAAGCCAAGCGUGGCUGCCCACGUAAAACUAUUAUCCAAGAGGCCCUUAAGCGCAUGAAAAAGCACUGA